AUGAUUCCCCGCAAACGGGCCGACGCAGGCACCGCGCGUCACCGUCUAUUCUCGCUGUCAUCAAUGUUUCGUUCUCAGACACGAACUAGAGUCAGUUGCAUACCCGAGACGGUGCAGGAAGAACCAACCUGCCGGGAAAAGAUUCAUUAUCCCAUAUUCAACCCGCAAGAUCCUCGUCAUAACCCAGAGAUUGCACACCUUCCGCAGCGUCCUCCUGAAUCAAGCAGCUCGUCAUCAAGAUCACCUACUCCAAUUUCAUGGAUGCAAACCAUAUCGCGACGAUCUUUCCAUAGAGCAAGGUCCGGACUGUUGGCACUGAGAGCAGAGUUCAAUCAUCGUUUUAGUGAAGAAGAAACCCCUCAUCAAAGCUUUGUCAACCCUGUUGCUCUUAGGCGCGAACGAGAACAACAUGACAAGGUAUCUGUGGCAUUUACUGCAAGUACACAAGAAGAUCCAAGUUUUGGCACAGAGAUCUUCCGCACAAGUGCUGUGCCAACUCGCCCAACGGAAAACAGCGAGAUUGGGUCUCCUUAUGAUAUAUCAUCCGAGUAUUCUGUGUCGGAGCCAUUCACAGCAAUUACAACAUUUGAACCCAAGCGCAAACUCCGACCUCGUGGUGAUGCUGUAAGUAAUGGGAUAAAACCGACCUAUAUGAUAGCCCGCGACCGUGAUCUGGACUUCCAGUUUUCUGGUCCUGGAGAGUUUGAGGCAGAUGUACAGUUUGACAAUCGUGCUGCUCACACCAAUCCAUCGACAGAUAACCAUUUAACACAUUCACCGUGGGGUGUUGCAUUCUCUACUAAUCAGGAGAAUGAAGUGUUGCCCGAUGAAAUGGCUAAUCCUUGGCCAGUUUGGGCUGAACACCAGACAAGAAUCAUUCAACAUCCAAACCUAAGUCCUGCAAGUUCAGACACGCAAAUCAUUGAAGACCCCCCAAGUCCAAUUCCCUUAUCAAGACAAUGUUCCGCUGAGGUUGGAUUCGCAUUCCCUGGAAUCUACCACGAGAUGAUGGAGCAAUGUGCCCGAGAACAUGAUAAUCCCUGCCCCAACGAUGAGGAUUCCCACCCUAGUCAGCAUUGUCCCAGUCCCAGUGGUCAAGAACAAACCCCUAUUGCCUCUCACCUAAUUCCUCAAGAUGGUACCGACGAUGCAGCUUCAUAUCACGAAGACGACGAAAGUCUCAUUCCUCCAAUGCCAUCACAGGCCCAAAUACCCCAGUUUGAAGAGAUCCAACCCUUGCAUCGUCCCAAUCCAUUUGACUCUAUGCCCAGCUGGCGUUUUGAUGAAAGCUGGUCAUCGAAUUCUGGAAGGCCUACAACCCAAUGGUCAAGUCUGGAAGAAUAUUCAAGUCGAUACACAACUGAUAAUACAGCAUCGCAUGAUAUUGCCUCAACUGAAAUGACAUCGAUGGCCUCUAUGUCAAAUGAUACAUGGUCCCCAAUUGAAUCUGAAGUUCUCUUUCCAAGCCCGGUGGAAGAUGGAAAUGAGUAUUUUCUUGUGGACGGCAAGACAAGUGGCCAACGUCCCGACAGAGGCAACCAGGCAAUAAAGUCGUCACAGCAUCCUAGCAAUAACUACAGCAUCCCAAUCAGAGCCCAAGAAUCAGCCGAGUUGAUCCCUCCAAGGACAUUUUCCCUGAAGCUUGAGCCUGGUGACAUUCCCGUUGGAGGAUUGGACUUCUUGGAAGAAGAUACAGACGAUGAGUUCUAUCCUGGAAUUGAGUAA